AUGUCUGGAUUCCCCGCACAACAGCAAGCACAGGCUCGAAAUGCAACCCUCGCCUCGGCGCGUCUGCCAAACGGAAAACUCGGAGCCGGAGCCAAUUGGAAUUUCAACUUGCCUGUGAGCGGUACACCUGGGUUACAAGGAAAUCAACAGCGCAAUUUUGGUGCCAUGGGGACAUUUGCACAGAGCCUCAGUGGAUCGCAGCCGGCCACGCCGUUGGAUUUGUCGGAAUUUCCUUCACUGUCAGGUGCACCGCCGUCGCAGACCCAGAACCCGAGUCAAAUGAUGUGGGCAAACGCCAGCCAACGCGCCGCGCAGACCCCAGUACAAAGACAACAACCCCCUCCUACUACUCAACCACCGUCACGCACAUCUCAAACCCCAUCCCAUAUUCCUCAACAACAGAAUCAACCUUCCCACGACGACCUAUUUCCUUCCGGCAUGCAGUUCGCCAACCGUUUGGAUGACUUCCGCAGUGGUGGACAGGGCAUUAGCGGUCAACUAGCGGGUGCACAGCCCCAAACCGGCAGCAUUGACGAGUUCCCACCCCUUGGACGUAACGCCACAGCGGACCUAGGCCAAGAUCGCAGAGGCUCAAUGAUGCAGAAUGCUGGGCUUGGGGGAUACAACUCUGGUAUGGGGUUCCAAGGCCAGUCUGCAGUACAAACCCGUAACAUGAUGGCAGCAUCAGUGAACGGUCAAGAAACGGGUAGGAUAAUGUCUCCUGCAGACAUGGGAUCUGGAAGUAUUGGAACGUCGCGAUCACCGGUCAACCAGGGAUCCAAUGGUGUGAUAGCUCAAGAGAAGGAUGAUAUGUUCAACGCUAUGGCGCCGGGGCAACGCAGCUUUACAGAACAACAGCAGUUACAGCGCCAACAGCAAGCCAUUUCUGGUGAUGCGCAGGAACCUUCUGUUCAAAGUGCUGAACAACCGCCUCUGGGCCAGAUGAGUGAGCUCGAUAGGUUUGGACUUGCGGGCCUGUUGAGGAUGAUUCAUAGCGAAAGUCCAGACGUCGCGAGUCUUGCUGUGGGCCAGGAUCUCAUGACCUUGGGCUUAGACCUGAAUCAACCUGAACCUCUCCAUACAUCCUUCGCUUCGCCGUUUGUUGCCUCAAUGUCCUCGCUGCCUCUAGAACAGGAUUUCUCUCUGCCUUCCUGCUACAGCGUUGCCAAUAUUCAACCACUUCAAUCUCGUAUCCCUAGUUUCAGCGACGAAUCGCUCUUUUACAUCUUCUACAGCAUGCCUCGAGAUAUCAUACAAGAACUCGCGGCGGAGGAGUUGAUGGGUCGCAAAUGGAGAUAUCACAAGAUCGAACGGUGUUGGCUGACUCGUGAUGAGACAUAUCCUGGCCCGGUUGAUGUUGAGCGUGGAGUGAGUGAGCGUGGAGUCUACCUCAUAUGGGAUCCUACCAGCUGGAAGAAGAUUAGGCGUGAGUUUAUUUUGCGAUAUGAGGAUCUGGACAACAGACUCGACCCCGGCCGUGGUAUUGCGCGCACAGUCGGAUUCCCACCCGGUUCGUGA